UGAUGGUGACGUCACGGAUAAUCCCAGCAUGCUCUAGGCGCGUGGGGAAACCCGGAAGUGGAAUGACCUCCCAUCAGCUGUUGGCAUGUGACGAACAGUUGCUUGCAGCUAUGAUCGUUGUGUUAAUGGGCGUUUGUGGGUGUGGAAAAACAUCAGUUGGACAGGCUCUGGCGGAAAAGUUGUCCUGGGAGUUUGCAGAUGCGGAUUUGUUCCACCCAGAUGUCAACAAACAGAAGAUGUCUGCUGGGGUCCCACUCACAGAUGAGGACAGGUAUCCAUGGCUGAGAAAGCUGCACUCCGUUAUCUACAGUUGGAUAUCUGAAGGAAGAUCUGGUGUUCUUGCCUGCUCCGCCCUUAAGAGGUCGUACAGACAAGUUUUGGUGACAGGUAAAUUUCCUAAAGAUAUUCCUACCUCUUCAAAUGCUUCUCAACAUAUACCUGAACACCCUGACUACUGUACAAGGCCGGGUGAUGUUCUGUUCAUUUAUCUGAGAGGGAGUAAGGAGGUCAUCAGGGGUCGUCUGGAGAGCAGGACUGGACACUUCAUGCCCGUUGGUCUGCUGGACUCCCAGUUUCUCACACUGGAGGAGCCUGAUGAAUCUGAAAACAGCGUGUCUGUCAGUAUCGCACAACCACUGAUGGCUGUUGUCAUGGACAUUUACCAAGUCAUUGUAGGAUUGUCAUGAAGUGCCAUAACCAAGCUGUCAACCCUGUAACAUCGCACAUCAGUCAACUAAGGUGCUUUAAAUAUCAAGGCGCCUUGGUUCAACACUACCAGAGUUUCAUAGCAGCACUAGUCUAGUGCGUAUAUCAGUUGGGAGUGGAUAGUUGCUCCAUCUUGCGAGCCUCAGAUAAACCACAACCUUGAAAAUAAAGGCUCGUUAUGGCUGUGUGGUAAACGUUUCCAACUAGGAAGACGAUAGUCAAUUCAUCCCUAUUGUCACACCCUCCAUAAUCCACUCAGCUGAACAUCACUAAGUCGUAAGCAGGAUAAGAUGUUGUUUCUAAGACGACUAUUCAUGUUUAAGCUGUAAAAA